GGUGUCAAAACACCCUGGGUGGAUACAGAUGUGGAUGCCCACAAGGAUAUAUUCAGCAUUACCAGUGGAAUCAGUGUGUUGAUGAAAAUGAAUGCUCCAAUCCUAACAUGUGUGGCUCUGCUUCUUGCUACAACACACUUGGAAGUUACAAGUGUGCCUGCCCAUCUGGAUUCUCUUAUGACCAGUUCUCCAGUGCAUGCCACGAUGUAAACGAGUGUUCUUCAACCAAGAACCCCUGCAAUUAUGGUUGUUCCAACACUGAAGGUGGUUAUCUUUGUGGCUGUCCACCUGGCUAUUACAGAGUUGGACAAGGACACUGUGUCUCAGGGAUGGGAUUUACCAAAGGCCAGUACCUGCCACUGGAUGGAGAUGCUGAUCAAGAGAAUGCUUUGUCCCCUGAAGCAUGUUAUGAGUGCAAAAUCAAUGGCUAUUCCAAAAAAGACAACAGGAGGAAGAGAAGUGCUAAUGACACUAUCGAGCUGAUUGGUUUUGGGAGUCUGGACAUGGAUAGCCCUCUGAAGAUGAGACUCAACAUUUCCAGGCUGGACAACAAGCAGCACAUCCUGGAACUGAUACCAGCCAUCGAGCCCCUUACCCACCGCGUGCGCUAUGUCAUCUCACACGGCAACGAGGAUGGCACCUUCCGAAUCCAGCAGAGGGAUGGGCUGAGUUACUUGCACACAGUGAAGAAAAAGUCAGUGCCUGGACUACACACAUUGGAAAUCACUAGCAUUCCCCUGUACAAGAAAAAGGAGCUCAGGAAACUGGAAGACAGCAAUGAGGACAACUACCUCCUAGGAGAGCUUGGGGAAGCCCUCAGAAUGAGGCUGUGGAUAGACCUCUACUAGCCGUGUUCCAACUGAGUCCAGUUCUUC